AUGAAGGCCAAUCUCGCUCUCUCUGCUCUUUUCUCUUCUCUUCUUCCCACACUCAUCAAUACUCAAGCAUCCGGAAGUGGUACAACAACCCGAUAUUGGGAUUGCUGUAAAGCAUCCUGCGGUUGGUCCAAAAAGGCUACUCUAGCCACUGGUUCCAACCCCGUCAGUUCCUGCGACAUCUCAAACAACCCACUCACCGACUACAAUGCUGUCUCUUACUGUGCUUCUUCUUCUGGUACUUCAUUCAUGUGUGGCUCACAAACACCUUGGGCAGUCUCAGAUACAAUGAGUUAUGGCUUUGCAGCUACGACGAUCUCGGGUGGAACGGAAGCGAGUUGGUGUUGUGCUUGUUAUCAAUUGACAUUCACGAGCGGACCAGUGGCUGGUAAACAGAUGAUUGUCCAGGCUACUAACACCGGUGGAGAUUUAGGAAGUAACCAAUUCGAUCUUGCUAUUCCCGGCGGUGGUUUCGGUAUCUUCGACGCCUGCACACAUCAAUACCCAUCGACUCCCGCAUCCGCGUGGGGUGCCCAAUACGGCGGUCUCUCCAACCGCACCCAAUGUGCCUCGCUCCCCGCCGCCCUCCAAGCCGGCUGCUACUGGCGCUUCGACUGGUUCCUCAACGCCGACAAUCCCGCCAUCACCUUCAAACAAGUCGCAUGUCCAGCUGCGCUCACCGCCAAAAGCGGUUGCGUACGCGCCAACGAUGCGAUCAACGAGACGCCCACAGGUCCAAGUGCAGUCCCUACGUGGGCGAGUUCAACCGGCGCUGCUGGCUCGACAUCUUCAACAACUGCGAGCACGAGUAAGAGCACGAGUGUGGGUGCAACGAUCAGUACUUCUUCGACCACCAGCAGUGCUGCAAGUGGCGGAACGGGAGCCCCCGUCAUGCGUUAUGGACAGUGUGGCGGAAUUGGUUGGACGGGUUCUACAGCUUGCGCGUUGCCUUACACGUGCUCUGUGUUGAGUCCUUAUUACUCGCAAUGUGCGUGA